GUAAGCUUGUGCUGAUUAGCUGAUUCAGCUACUUCGUAGGAGUGGAAAUUAGUUUGUUCUUGCAAGGCUAAUGUGUUAAGCAACUCCAGACAGGUUAUUAGUUCAGUGAGCUAUCUGACUAAACCUUUCUUCAACUUUGGUGCGGUUCUCAGCGUUUUAAUUAGAGUUCUACAAAUUUGCGUGGUUCGCUGACCAGACUCGUAGGUUGACCCCAUGACUUCCCCGACUUUCCAUGAUGCGCCCGUGCUCUCGACCUCACCUACUUCAAUCAGGGGCGCUUCUCCUGUUCGACGAAGGGACAAUAGAGAAAGCUUAUCAUGUCAAACUGACGUGGUAGAAUCUGGGUCCCGACCGCAUAUAUCUCCGACGCUUAUCUGCUCUUAUGACCUGGAUGACCUAGAAGUGAGGGAGAGGCAGAGAACGUUGGAUGUCGACAUGGCUCUGCAUUUGUCCAGGGCCCGGAGAGAGACUACAACGACACCACCAACAUCAUUACAAUACGAAUCGGCUCCUCACCCUGAAGCAGUGCCCCCAUUCUCCCACUUCUCAGCUAUCGAGGAACACGACAUUGAUAUUGCUCGUGGAGACAGAAUUAGUCACCUCGAUCAUAAUGGUGUGAACUGCGGUUCUGACGGGCUGCACUCGCAACGAUCCCGAACUCCUAUCGACUUGCGGAUGCAGCACCUUGACCAAACCCACGACCCAGCACUUCUUACGACUAUGGGAAGUGAGUAUCGACCGAUUCGCGAUGAAGCUCUCGCUUCUAUGCCGGGCCUUCCCGUGUAUCAAGCGAAUGCAUCCCGCUCCGCUUUCACCUUUACUCACCUGGAGGCCUUUGCAGCUCAAGAGAAGACUGAGCUAGGCAUAUCAUCACCUACGGAUACCCAUGGGCCAGCAUUUCGGCUGCGUCACCCAAACUUUGCCCAGAACGGGGGUCCAGAAUCGGUCGUAUCUCCGCCUGGAGGAAUUCCUCCAUUUGACGCUGCAUUUGAUUCCUCUUAUCACGGUAAUAUUCGACAGCGCAAGCUCAGCCAGAGUAGUCCAGUCCCUAGGCAUAGCCGGAAUACUCGGGGAAAGAUGGCCUUAUUUGAGAACCACGGCGGAGACCCAAACUUCACUUUUUCAAGCCGGCUCAUGGGACAUGGGCAUUUAAGCGCCAUUCCAUCCCCAGAUAAUGUGUCAACAAACCAGUACAACGCUGCAGGGAUGGGUGGAAUCAUGACACCCGGUCAUGACAGACCAUACCGAUUCUCGUUUUACUCCAAUGCGUUGUCUGCAACUAUUCACGCACGAAGUCUCAGCGAACUCCCUGCGGAGGGGCAGUCCUUUGAAGAUUUGUUUACUGGCCUGGCUCCUCCCGACGGCCCGCGAGACGCGAAGGGUGGAUCUGCCCCCGUUCCCGUGCCUCCACACCAAGGGGCAGCUUCUGUCCAGGGCACGAACAAGCGCUUGCUAGAUUUUGCAACCCCCAGCUACAAUGGUCGUCCGGAGAAGGGCGGUGCUGGUAAUCCAGGCCCACCAAAUAGCCUCAGGGAUAGCGGCGAGCUCGAGGGGAAUACAUGGUGGCUAGAUGUCCUAAGCCCGACAGAUGAAGAGAUGAAGGUUCUAAGCAAGGUCUUCUCUAUCCACCCUUUGACUGUUGAAGACAUCCAAAUGGAGGAAGCUCGUGAAAAGAUUGAAUUGUUCCGGAACUACUACCUUGUUUGUUUCCGCAGCUUUGAUCAGGAUCCUUACAGCCCCAUGCACCUGGAACCCCUGAACAUGUAUAUCAUUGUAUUUAGAGAGGGAACUUUAUCUUUUCACUUCCGCCCCACCCCACAUCCGCAAAAUGUCCGCCGAAGAAUAAAGCAACUCAAAGAUUACAUUAACGUCACAUCAGACUGGAUCUCGUAUGCGUUGAUCGAUGACAUCACCGAUGCCUUCGGACCUCUAAUCCAGUCCAUUGAAUACGAAGUCGACUCUAUUGACGAGCUCGUCCUUAUUUUGAAGGAGGCAGAGCAAAGUGACAUGUUGAGAAGAAUAGGAACAUGUCGCAAGAAGGUCAUGGGACUAUUGCGCUUGAUGGGUAAUAAGGCGGAUGUAGUUAAGGGGCUCGCAAAGAGAUGCAACGAAAACUGGAGGGUAGCACCAACGUCAGACAUCGGUCUAUAUCUUUCCGAUAUUCAGGACCACUUGAUAACCAUGACGCAAAAUUUAAAUCAUUACGAAAAAAUCCUGUCCCGGUCGCACUCCAACUACUUGGCGCAGAUUUCCAUCGAGAUGACAGAUGCUAACAACCAGAUCAACGAUGUCCUCUCAAAGUUGACGGCAUUGGGUACGGUUCUCAUUCCCAUGAACUUGGUAACGGGUAUGUGGGGUAUGAAUGUACACGUUCCAGGCCAAGAUGAUACUACCACCUACCACUGGUUUGCUGGGAUCCUUUCCGCGCUUGCAGCCUUCGGCAUCAUUGGCGGGUACACCACAUAUAAACUCAUGGUUAAACGAUAAAUGCAUUUGGGGUUAAUCGUUAUGUUUUAAUUCUGUCUGUUUCUAAGCUUUUACCUUUCUGGUUCGCUAUCAUCAUUUGUGAUCUUUUUAUUCCCGAUCUCGUCAUCGUGAUUUACGCCCAGACUUCCAUCGAGUUCGCGGGAGAACUCCAGGAUCGUCCUCAAUUUCCCAUUCACAAUGUCGCUUCUUUUCUCAUUCAUUUAUCUAAUACUCACGUACAUCAACACUCCAUAGAAAGCAUGUCAGGGUAGUGAGGAUAAUUGCAACUACGAUCAACAAAUAACA